GUUUACUUCUCACACAGUACGGACAUUUUCUUUCGUAUGAUGAGGCACCUCUACUCUGUCAGCCGGUCAGAGGCAUCCCGGUCGGCCAACAGUAGUCAGUGCUAGUCCAGAAGUAAGGAAGGUUACGUUGCAUCUCUACAAAGCAGAGACGUUAACCGGAAGAACUGGUUUUGCUUUCAUCUUCUUCCAACUCACAAGGGCUUGUGGGAAGGGAAGGUUGAACCCCCUAAAGGCAGACCUGACCGCAAUGCCGUCACAAACAAGAGAUGUGUGUCAGGAACCGAUUGUGACUCUCUUUUGUCAUUCCGAAGACACAUCUGCUUCAACAUCGUGUUGCUGAAUUGCGACACACUGCUGACAUAACAGCAGUGGAUCAUUUCUGAAGGAAAUCCAGCCAGUUCGGCACGGCUCCUUUCACCAGCAACAAGAUGGGGAGUGCAACACAGCAGUAUUGUCUGAGGUGGAACAACCAUCGAUCCAAUUUGCUUGCUGUGUUUGACGAGCUCCUCCGCAAUGAAGCAUUUACAGAUGUGACACUGGCUUGUGAGGGUGGUACUUCUGUCAAGUGCCACAAGAUGGUAUUGGCAGCAUGCUCAUCCUAUUUCCAGUCCCUUUUCACAGAGCUCCCAUGUAGGCAUCCUGUUGUAGUGCUCAAAGAUGUAAAAUAUUCUGAGAUGAAGGCGAUCCUUGAGUACAUGUAUCGCGGAGAGGUGAACGUUGCUCAGGACCAGUUGGCUGCAUUGCUCAAGGUUGCUGAAGCACUGAAAGUUAAAGGUCUUGUGGAGGAGACAGGGCCCCUGUCUCACACGAAUCCUCCCAAAGAUCCUGCUGACCAACAUCUGCAAUCUCACCAACAGCAACAUCAGCAUCAACUUGAAAGACACAGAGAUGAUGACCCCUCUUCUGCCCACUCUCCUCCUAGCAUUAGUACCUCCACAGCAAAUAUGUCCCCUCUUCCACACAGUAGCAGCAAUAUUUCACCACCCCACUCAUCAGGCAUGCCAGGUCCUCCAUUUGAAAAGAACCCGUAUAAUCUUUAUGGAAAGUCUCCUGUGAUGGAGCGUGGGAGCUCAAGAAUGAGCCUCCCAAUGUGGGCCAUGCCAGGGUUGCCACUCCCCCACCAUCCAUCCCCAGUUCCAGCGCCUAGCCAUCCUCAUGCAGCUGCUGCUGCUGCCAUGCUUAACAGUUGCUAUGAGGCAGCUGGCACGGCAGACAUGUCCCCAUUGAAACGGAAGAAACUUCAGGGUCUGUUGAUGAGCAGGGAUACACCAAUUUUGCGCACAGUACUGGGACAGGGACAGCAGGGGCAACAAGUUUCACAGGGACAAGCAGAAUCCUCUCAGCCCAUGUCCCUCGUCUGUCAGCCGGAUAGUCAUAAUGAACGCAUCCAUUCCAAUGGAUCUGCGCAUGAUACAGAAAAGAAUUUGAAAAUGGAACCGUCAUUAGACGAGGCGCGUUCCCCAUUCACUGAUAUCUCCAUAAUGGAUGAGGAAACAAGUGAAAAGAAUAACAAGGUAAUGCUGUCUCAGUCCUUCCCAGGCGAUGUCCGAGGUGUAUCAUCUGGCAUUGCAACGUAUGUGCCGACACAGAAGCCGGAAUGGAAGCGGUACAAGCAGUAUACAAGAAAUGACAUACUUUCUGCUAUUGAGGCAGUUCGCAAUGGAAUGUCUGCUCUCCAAGCUUCUCGGAAAUAUGGUGUUCCUAGCCGAACACUGUAUGACAAAGUGAAAAAAAUGGGAAUCACUACAAGCCGACCAUUCAACAAGCGUGGUUCCAAUGUGAGUGCUGGAGGGAGUAGUUACUUCCCCUAUAGCAGUAGUGGGGGUAACGGUGGAGUAGGGAGUAAUUCCUUGGGAGGUGUGUUUGCUGUGGGUGGAGGAGGAAUGUCUGAAGGAGAAGAGCAAGUGGUGAAUCCAUCUCCAAGUGGCGCAAUUAUGGAGCCAUUGUUCCUGCAACAUGCACUAGAUGGAAUGAAGCGUGAACUUGGUGACCGGGAAACCAUGGUUGCCAUGGCUGCAGCAGCUGCUCAUGCAGCAUCAUCGGCUAGAAGUGGAAACUCAUCGUCGAGUCCAGGGGAGAAUGGCAAUGGUCAUUCACCGAGCCCAAGUCCAAGUCUAAUAAAGUACAUACGUAGCCACAAUAGUUUGACUCCAAGUCCAGCAGCUGCAAGCAAUGAACUGCUUAUCCCCAGCAGUGGUAAUGAUGGAAUAGAAGAUGAAGAGGAUCAAGUGGAAGACUUGUCAGUCAGUCGGAAACCUGAACCGAUGCGUGUUAUCAUGCCUCCAAUGAACCCUACAGUUGCAUCUGCAUCCAAAAAGGAAGACAUGCAUGAAGAUGAUGUUCGGGAACAUUGUACCUCUGAUGAGUCGCGUAAUACAUCUAUGGAAAUGGCAGAAAGGGACUGAAACAGGGAUGUAUAUAACUUGUUAAAUGAAGCAGAAUUUGCAUGCACUUGAAUAGAAUUAUUAAAAAUCUUUCAAGUACAUGUUCCUCUUAUGUUUCCAAUGGUGCAGUGGAAACAUAUGCCAUAGUUUUAUCAGUCUGUCUAAAGACAUGAAAACUCUUGCGAACGUUCUUAAAUUCAAGUCUUAUAUCUACUGCCUAGCAGAAUUAUGGUCCUUGAGGAUAAAUUUAAUUAAGACUGUAUUGGUUUCAGUUGUCAUCUGAAAAUUUUUAGAAAUGCAUGAAACUUUACCACUUAUACUCAGUUAUUUAUCCUUUCUUCUGUGUGGCUGAAGGCAUACGAUUUAUGCAGUUUGAAGAGCUCGGUACUUCCAUAUAAUAAUGCCAUCAGGUGAAACCUACUGAUUUGUGCCCAGCCAGAUAGGGACCACCUCUGUCAGCUGGGCCCAACUGAGUAGAUUUCACCUUAAGACAGAGACAGGAUCCAGUCUCCAAAAUUUUGUAUAUUUUAAAUAAAUAGAGGAUGAUGGAUAAUGACCAGAAACACAAUAAUUGUAUUCAUUUAACAUCAUCACAAAUUUGAGGACAAGUAUGUUUAUUGAUUUGACAAUGCAAGGUGCCACACAGGCACUGUUGAAGGUGGGAAAUAUACAUAAUAUUACUGCAGCCAUUCUGCAGUUAUGUGAGUUAAGUAAUUCAGACAAUAGCAAGAGUUUUCUGUAUUAAAUCCGCAUGUUACAGCACAUUAAGAGAGUUGUAGCAUAGUCAUUGUAGCAUGCAAGUCCUGCUUCCAAACCACAUAAUACAUGUUCAGCACAAACCAAACACUUCACUACCUCACUUCAACAGCCACCGUGUUCUCUUGACUGGAAUGGGAUGAAGCAUUGUCUUGUCUCAUUUCAUUCAAGUUCUGCACUGACAGUAUAUUCUCUGAAGACUGCCAUAUUUUUUAUUAUUAAAAUAGUAGCAAUUUUCAGUUUUAUUAUAUUUACCGUUUUUACACAUUAUAUUUAUAUACAACGUUUAAAGACUGUUUUUGUGCAACUGUGAAUUCAGUGCAAUAUUAUUUAUGUUGAUUGCUUGUAAGAAGUUUAUGAGAAAUUGUCCACACUCUUAGCAGUUGGGAGGAAAAUCCAACUUUGCGUUUUCUUUUCAGUUUUUUCCAGUGAUAUUUAUAAUUCCUUCUAAGUGACUUGGAAAUGCUGCUAGAAAAGUAGGUAUAUAUGUAACACAUUUUCAGUUUUCCUAUUGUACUUCAUUGUGAGGAAAUUGUGAUUCUUUAUAGAUUUGGCAACCAGGGUAGUGCUUUGUUCUUUAUCUACAUAGUUGUUUGAGAUUUCACGCCUGAAAAUAAUUUGUUAUUGGUGAUUUCCUUUAAUCCUAAAAUUUAUUUUCAAACUGGGAUUAUGAGAUGAAGUCAUCUUAAAAUUGGAAACUCUGAUAAGAGCCACAGUUAAAGGCAUAUCAGCAUCUAGCAAUGACCACUGCACCUGCACAGUGUGAAUGCCUGAUCAGCACAUAAUUGUCUUUUAUGGUGAAACAAAGUUGGAAUCCUACUAGCUUGAGGAGGGACCAUAAUAAUGUAAGACUUAUACGUAUCAUGUGUAAUGUUAAAAUGUUCCUUUUAGUAUGAGGGAAUACAAAUUAUAAGACUGAGAAAACACAUUACUGUAUUGUACACUGUAGUUCAUAGUUCUGGCCAUAAGGUGGAGUUGGAGUCACAUUGGAAAUUCAGUGUUAAGGCAGGCAUGAAUAUCAGUCUCUCAAAUUAUUUUGCUAAAUGAAUGUGCUUAGUACUAAUGUAUUUUGUACUUCUCAGACCACUGAUACAACAGUAUUACAAUAUCUUGAAGCAGAAACAUUUUUGGAAACAAGUGAAAACAGUGGAGACAGUGGUCAUGCCUGGACUCUUUUUCUCAUUUGAUUACUGAAAUGCAGUCUCAUAUCUUGACAGAAAUUAUUCGGUUUACAUGCAGGUCCUUCAUACACUGUUUACUUCCUUCAUUUGUUAAGUCCACAUAAGAAUCUGAAAAAUUGUAACUGAGGGAGCAAGGGUAAGUACAUAACAUUAAUAAUACUGGAGCAAAGAAGUGUUUCACUUGUCAUACUAUUUUAAUGAAAUGCUGUAUUGUUUGUAUAUAUAAGCUGCCCAGAACUGAGAGAAAUGGUACAGGUUACUGGCCCCAGUUGCUCUUCCUAAUAAAAAAGUUUUUCCAUUGUGAUUCCACUUCAGAGGUGUGGCCAUCCAAACUCCUUGUUUGCUGGGGUUUGAUCUGAUGAGACUGACUUCAUUAUUGUAUUGCUCUUGUCACUUGCUCUUUUUGCUGUGGAGAAUAUAAGGCUUGUAGGGACAAGUUUCUUUUCAAGGAUACGAUGGGAUUCGCAGAGAGAUGUGCUAGGGUCGAUGCAAUUUUGGCAAAUGUCCAUGCAUCUUGGUUAUCUUAAGCUGUGUGGUAUGACAACCAGUAUCCAAGAAUAACUACUAUGACAGAUAUUUGCUGCAUUUUACAGAAGGAGCUCGAAAAGCAGGAAGUGUGCAUGGAAAGAAAAUUUUAUAGCUUGUAAAUAGAUGAUAACAUGUAGAUUUUCCCAUGAAUAGAAGUGUACAAGCUAAAUAAGGUGAAUGAUUGAAUGAAAGGUGCACCAAGACACGAGUGAAGCAGCUUAGUUCUUUCCACCAUGUGCAAUUUUUGGAACGUGUUGUGUAACUUGUUUGUGCACUACCAGUUGUGUCACAGACGCAGCACUUCUCCAAACAUUUUAUGUUUUGUUUUUAUGAAAGUGUUAUUUCUGCUUGCAUCAACAGUGCAAAUUCAGCAUCCAUACAGAUCUCAUACACAUGUGUUUGUGUUCCAAUCUACCUCAUUGACUACCAUUAAGCUCCAUAUGAGUGAACGACUGCAACAGGUUGAAGAUACGUAAUAUAUAUAUAAAUAUAAUCUACUGUAUAAUCCAUAUUAAAUGAUUUGAAGAACUCAAGGUUUUUGUACAUAGUUAACAUUUUGAUACCACUAAUAUGUCAGACUGUUUACAGAAUAUCAUCAAAAUAGAUAUAGUAAUGUUGCCUACUGUUUGUUACUUUCCUGUGGCACUUAAUGUUGAGUGAUACAAGUAAACAUUGUUCAGACAUAACAGGUUCCUAACAUGGCCUUAGUAUCAUACUCCAUUGUCAGAUGUUGCUCUUAGAUGUGAAGAUUGUUAUUAUAAUGAAUUAUGCAGAACAGAAUAAAUACAGCACAUAAUAAUAUUGUUAAAAGACAAAUCCAGUUCUGUUAAGUAUCAGUGCACCUGCAAGUCUUUUUUAGAUAACUGUAUUAUUUUAUUUUGCAUUGAAAUGUCAUGAAAUAAUAUCUAUUUGUCUGUGACCAUAAAAGUGAAUUUUGUAUUUUAUUAUGAAAUUUAACAGUAUGUAUCUUGUCGAGUGAUGAUGUUUACCACCAUUUGGCCAUGUAUUUCAUUUACAUUAAGAACUGAUAUGUCAAUUAAUAAGGAUCUCUGGAUUUCUGUAUUCAGUUCACCAUUUUUUUUUAUUGAGCCUCUUUCAGGUGUCUAGAAUGUUGUAAAUAUUCUUCAGUGUUUAUAUAAUUCUGAGUGUUGUAGAAGAUAAUAAUGUUACUUACAAUUUCCAAAUUUUAAUACAAAAUUAAUAAGGCUGUCGUGAUUAAUCAGUUCAUUUAAUUGGAUUUUUUUAAUAAUUGUUGCAUGUAGUUAUCAGUUAAGAUCCAUAUCUAUAUGCCAAGAAUGUUGACUUUAGAAUAUAAAAUUUAAUUUUUUUUAUAUAUUCGCUUAGUGGGGGGUGGAGUCCAACUGGAUCCAC